CAUACGUCCCAUUUCAGUGUUGAGCUUAUCCCCUCUCUCAAUCUCCAGGUACCAUUAUCUCCAAGCUGCAAUUCCUUCUCUUCCACAACCAUACUUUCCGCAUUAAAAUUCUCUUAACAAAGUUGGUUGAUAAAUAAUGCCGAACAAUAAUUGGUGCAACUAAAAGAAUACGAAGGUACUUAAGCUAGAUAAAAGAUGAAGCUGAUACUCGGCAUAGCAACAUGUGUAUGGUGCAUUAUCGUGGUGGUUAUGCCGUCAUCGGCAAUAGAAGAUGCAGUUGUCGGGGAACAACUGCAACUUAGUGCUUACCAAACUGUAAGUUUUGAUCUCGAAGACGGUGCUUCUGGUUACUCAACAUUCUUAACAAAUUUGCGGCAGAAAUUUGAAGGCCCCCUCAAGGCUUGCGGUUUACCAGUAACGCGAGACACCCUACCGAAAGGCGGCGAGUAUGUACUUGCAGACCUCAAAAUUAGCACCACAGAAUGGGUUACCGUAGCCUUAAAAGUCACAGAUCUGUAUUUGGUGGCUUACCGUGUUAACAAACUAUAUAGUGGCAAGUAUCACGCCAUUUUUCUUAAUGAGCCAGACGUAGCUGAUGCUAAGGCUAAACUUUUUAUAGGCUCAACACCAGUCACACUUAAGUACGAUAGCAACUAUGCAAAUAUCGAGAAAUAUGCCGGAUCUAGAAAGAAUAUUACAUUGGGGUUGCAAGAUCUCCGGAAAAAAAUCCAAGCGUUCUACAAUGAUGCUACGCCCGUAACACCUGCUGAAGAGGCUAAGUUUCUGCUGAUCGCCAUCCAAAUGGUGUCCGAGGCAGCGCGAUACAGCUAUAUUGAGGAUAAGGUGGUGGAGAGUGGAGACUUCAAAUCAUUUAAACCUGAUGCCAAAAUGAUAAGCCUAGAGACAAGCUGGCAGAAGACAUCUGAUGCUGUUCGCAAAGCAGAGACGGACAAGAAAUGUGAAAGUCAAGAAGUGAAGGACAUCAAAAAAGACACAAAACUACUCAAGCACAAGCGCAACAAGCUAAAUACCAAUGAAUCUGGAGGCGGACUAUGGUCUGAGGUUGCAAGCACUAUUACUACAACUGAUGUUAUAGAUGGUGGUGUUUUUUAAGUUUAAUUUGGAAAAUGCACCGUUGUAACCAUGGAUAAGUAUAACCAAUCCAAUAAUGCAAGAAGCUUAGUUAUAAUUUAUAUUGUCAUAUUUACAUAAAUAAUGUUUCUGAUCACCAAAAAUAUAUGUGCGAAAGGCUAGAUGAAUGGCAGAAACAAUCGAGUUCAUUCGUUGUACCAUUGUUCGAAGCUUGUUUUAUGUUGUAUAAGUCUUUGAAUAAAACAAGAGAUUUCGAGUUUUGAUGA